CUCUCUCAAAGUCUCAAAAAGUCAUGUUCUUCAGCUGCGUCUUUGUUGCUCUUGCUGCCUCUGCGGCUGUUGCUGUCUCCGCAGAAUCUAAACCUCUUGAAUAUUUUAUUUAUGCCCCAGCCCAGAGUGACUCUGACAUGCUGGCCCGUCAGAAAGUUGCUGCGGAAGCCCACCUUGCGCAUGCUAAUUCGUUGAAUGCGACCGGAAACUUAGACUAUGGCGGCCCUGUUCUCACUGCAAGCUCGACGGCAGCUAACCCAACGUUCGCGGGUUCUGUGUUCGUCCUGAAGGUAGAAAACUUAGAGGCAGCUAAAAAAGUGGUAGAGGACGACGCGUACUAUACCGGCAACGUGUGGGAUCCCAAGAAGAUUGUGGUUCUGCCAUAUAUUCCUUACUUUUAAGCUCUAGAAUUUCCUAUCUCUAGAUAUUUAUAUAUUUGUUUACUCUUAUAUAUAUUAUACAAAUUUAUAUUAAUAGCUCUUUAUU